AUGGCCUCGGUACCGAAUCCGAUGAACGAACCGCCCCAUCCUCCAACGAUCCCCUCAUCCUCAUCCUCAGACCCCAACAACGAAAAAGACAAGCCCUCCAAGCCCCGCCCCGUAGCGUCCUGCGCAGCGUGCCGGAUGCGCAAAGUCAAGUGCGACCGCGCCUCGCCCUGUAGCGCCUGCAUCGCGCGCAAGACACCAUCCGAGUGUGUAUACGCGAGCACGAGCGAAGACCGCGAGGCGAUUGCGGCGGCGGAGACGAUUGCCGAGCUUAGGGUGUUGAAGGGUGAGUUGCAGGAGAAGUUGGCGAGGUCUUCUUCUGUUACGUCUGGGGCUGUUCCGGGGGCGGGAAUUGUGUUUGAUAGGGAUGGGGGUGCGGGCGAGGACGCGGACGAGCAGGAGGCGCUUGAGGCUGUCUAUGCGGUUUUGAGAGGGGGCUCGGUGGAGCUUGUUAGGGAGCUCGUGGGGAGGAUUAGGGCUGGAGAGGAGGUUGGUGGUAUUCUCGGGGCGUUGGAGUUGGAUGGGAGGGAGGUGGCAUGA